UAGCGAAACUGCACAUGGAUACUUUCUUAAAAUUGUUUUGCCUUCUGCACCAACUUUAGACAUUUUACUUGUGCAGGUAACUCAACAAGUAAUGGGGAUGAUGGCACACCUCAAGAGCAACCAUCUGCAAAUAAACAACCUCCCAUCAAUAGGGAAGAAUUUGUCGAGAUUUUUGUUAGAGAAAUGAAGAUGGCCUCCAAUAUAGAUGAUGUUAAAGCCCGUACUUCACGAGCUCUUGAGGUUUUUGAGAAGUCAAUUUAUGCGAAUGCAUCUGAAACUGCCACUCAGAGUUUCCAGCAGGAGAACCUGAUACUGAAACAACAGCAUGAAGCCUUAUUACAGGAGAAUAAUAUUUUGAAACGGGCUGUUUCCAUACAACAUGAGCGGCAGAAAGAAUUCGAGGAAAGAGGCAAAGAAGUGAACCAUUUGAAGCAGCUCUUGGCUCAAUACCAAGAGCAGCUUAGGACUCUCGAGGUAAAAUCAUAA